AUGAGCUCCACAACAGCCUUCAAUGCUAGUUUGCAUCGAUUAUCGCCUGGAGACAUUUGGCUACCCGACAGCAGAGCAUCGCCCCUUAUAGUCAAUGAGCUUGCUAAACAACAAGCAAAUUUACCAAAAUCCAAUUACUUGAACAUGAGUGAAAAUAGCUCAACCACAUCAUCAACAAACUCUUCCAUAGUAUCCAUCCACAACAAAAUGAACAUCACUGCCGACGACUGCAAUCAAUCUCUUUCAUCUGCCGCAUCCAUCACCUCAAACCACAACAACCUCUCAAGACGUUCCUCCACCAACGGCGGCGGCGGCGCAAGAAGACAUCGUGCUGACACUGCCAGCCUGAAAGAAUACGGUGAAUGCUACAAGAGACUAGGUCAAGGCACUACUGCUGUCGUGAUGGUAGUGCGGAAACUGGACCAAGACGGUAGAUCAGAAAAGCUGUAUGCCAUCAAGCAAUUCCGCAAGAAGCAAAAGCAAGAAAGCGAAAAAGAUUACAUGAAGAAGCUGACCAGCGAAUUCUGUAUAUCCUCCACAUUCCAACAUCCAAACAUUGUCGAAACGAUUGAUUUAGUUUUAGACGAUAAAAAGAGAUACUGCACAGUGAUGGAAUAUUGUCCUGGUGGAGACUUGUUUAGCAGCAUUUUGGCAGAGCGUAUGACUGACAUCGAGAAGGCAUGCUGUUUCAAGCAAAUGAUCCAAGGCUUAUCUUACCUUCAUUCGAUGGGUGUUGCUCACCGUGAUAUUAAACCUGAAAACCUGUUGCUGACCAUGGACGGUACACUCAAGAUUACUGACUUUGGUGUCUCUGAUGUGUAUCGCUUUCCUUGGGAAUCCAAAGGCCGUUUGAGCAGAGGCCUUGUUGGUUCCGAGCCUUACAUUGCUCCUGAAGCCUUUCAAAAUAAGGAAUACUUUGGUGCUGCUGCUGAUGUUUGGUCUGCUGGUAUCGUCUUUUACUGUAUCAGUCUGGGCGGUCUUGCAUGGCACAAGGCAAAGAAGACAGACAGUGCUUAUUGUGGAUACAUCCGUGCCUUUGAAAAGAAUGAAACAUUUGAACUGUUUCGUCCAUUAUCACACCACCAGAAAUGUAUCUUGCGUAGAAUGCUUGAUCCCAACCCGCAGACUCGCAUUACAGCCAGUGAAUUGCUUGCAGACCCUUAUUUGGAAUCCAUUGCUGUUUGUCACGAUUCAAUGGAUGCUCAUGGUCAAGUUCACAGGCAUACGGAUGGAGUUCAGCCUAUCUGCACUAUAUCAAGAAAAAAGUAG